AUGGAUCAUGAUACGCUUAACACGGCGUCAACUUAUCUAAACAAUCUCCUCCUAGCUCGAGGCCUGCUCCGCGACAGCAAGGCUCUCGACUUUGCCAAACCGACUCGAGAGACACGAGCUCAGAUCAUCAACCUUGUCCACGAUCUUCUCUUACGACGCGACCGAGACCAAGAGAACCGCGAGCAGAUUUCAUUGACCCUCCGAACCCUCCGCACCGACCAGACUCGCAAAGAUGGCGACCUUGAACGACUACAAACUCGUCUCGACACUCGAGAGCGCUCCCUGCUGCAAGCCCAGACCGAAGCCAGAAACGCUAAGAUCGAAAUGCGCAAACUCGAGUCGACCACAAAAGCACUGAACGAUCAACUCGGACGACUGAAAGCAUCUGUCUCGCAAAUCAAAACACAAUGUGCCAACGACGUACGAAAGCGGGACACGCACAUAGAGCGUCUUAAAUCACACCUUCAAGGCCAGCAGAGAGGAAACAAGGGUGGUCUCGUUGCUCCCUCCAUAUCUGUCGGUGGAAGAGGUCCGCACUCGUUCAACACGUCAGUAAGAGACAUCUCGGAUCCAGAGUACAACCUGAAGCAAGAGACUACCGACUUCCUCACACAACUGAGCUCUGGACUAAGCGACGAGAAUGAUGCUCUGAUUGAGAUGAUCCGCGGGACUCUGGUCACGCUAAGAGAGUUAUUGGGCGUGCCAGAACAGAACUUGGACAAUACAGUUGACGGCAUGGAAAACGAAGAUGGCACACUCGGCUUCGCACACGGAUCUCUUGCUGAGGAGCUUGAAUCAAUGCUCGACACACUCAAAACUGUUUUGACCAAUCCCAACUUUGUCUCAAUGGACGAGGUCGAAGCAAGAGAUGACGAGAUAGCACGACUGAGAGAAGGCUGGGACCAGAUGGAGGCAAGGUGGAGAGACCUACUCUAUAUGAUGAACGGAUGGUGCACAAGAUUGGAGAAGAGUGGCGAUACCAUCAACCUCGAGGAACUUAAGAAGGGUCUCGGCUUGGGUGUCGGCCUCGAGGCCCCUCCAACUGCUCAGAAGCUCCGCGCGAGUCAACAUGCUCGCUCGGACAGUGACCACGACAGCGCCAUUCAUACACUGAGUCCAACNCCCUCGGAGGGUCUUCCAGCUCCACCGAGCACCGUGAAGUCGCAGAGAAGCAUAGAUCCACCAGAGUUCUUCAACCUCAACCCUCGAGGACAACGUACGCUCAACAAGAUGAGCCACAACGUCCAAUCGCCUCGCAAAGUUGCAUUCGCCAUGGACGCCUCCGAGAACACUGAUCCGGCCGAGCCAACCCCAGGCAGACUCGAUUCGCCCGCCUUCGUCAAGGCUUCUGCAAACAGAUCCUCGCUUCCCACACGCCGUCAGCUAGACCUUACCCCGUCCGCUGGCUCACAUUACAGACUCCCUUCUCGAUCACGCGGCUCUUCACCGCCACGAAGGCUUGCAGAUUCUCCAUCUGAGAACUUGCCGCAACAGGAAGACGAAGAUGUGCAGGAAGAAGAAGACCCUGAAAUGUCGGUCGAGGAAAAGCUACGCCUUGCACAAGCUGAAGCCGAAGCUGCAGGCGGCGCUCAGGACAGAGGGCUAGACGAGGACUCACAACUCAAUAUCGACCUCGAUGAGGAGAUGAGCAAGGUGCGAAGUCCUGCGAAGAAGACCAAAAUCCAAGGCAGGCCGAAGCGUAGGAAGAGCACCCUCAGUCCGGAAGAAUUGGAAGAUCUUCUAGGACUAGAAUAA